GCGCAGGCGCCAAGCUAACCCGUUUCCAUGGCGGCUAGAACCCACGCGGCCCAACGGCCCCACGACUGUCCUUUCCCAGACUUCGGCCUGCCAGAGUCUGUCGUCCCCGAGUGUGUCAGCACCGCCACCCCGGCUGCUGCCCGGGGUUAACCGGACCCUGACCCCAGCAUGGACGACCUGGAGCUGCUACUACCCGGGGAGGCUGAUGUGCUGGUGCAGGGUCUGCGCAGCUUCCCGCUACGAGAGAUGGGCUCUGAAGGGUGGAACCAGCAGCACGAGAACCUGGAGAAACUGAACAUGCAAGCCAUCCUUGAUGCCACAGUCAGCCAGGGAGAGCCCAUACAGGAGCUGCUGGUCACCUAUGGGAAGAUCCCGACGCUGGUAGAGGAGCUGAUUGCAGUAGAGAUGUGGAAGCAGAAAGUGUUCCCUGUGCUGUGCAGGCUAGAGGACUUCAAGCCCCAGAACACCUUCCCCAUAUACAUGGUGGUACACCAUGAGGCCUCCAUCAUCAACCUCUUGGAGACGGUAUACUUCCACAAGGAGGUAUGUGAGUCAGCAGAGGAUACCCUCUUGGACCUGGUAGACUAUUGUCACCGCAAACUGACUUUGCUGGUAGCCCAGAGUGGCCGUGGUGGCUCCCUUGAGGAGGAGGGGUCCCAAGGCAGUACCCCCAUGCAGGAGCUACAGAAGCAGGCAGAGCUGAUGGAAUUUGAGAUUGCACUGAAGGCCCUCUCAGUACUGCGCUAUAUCACAGACUGCGUAGACAGGUGGGCAGCCCUACUAGGCCUGGGGCCUAUAGGAAGAAUGGGCCUGCAGCCUGCCUCUGGUCACCUCCCUCCCGACACCCCUACCCCUAGCCUUUCCUUGAGCACCUUGAACCGCAUGCUCAGCACCCACAACCUACCCUGCCUUCUGGUGGUACUACUGGAGCACAGUCCCUGGCGGCGAUGCGAAGGAGGCAAGUUGCAGCAGUUCGAGGUGGGCCACUGGCAGACAGUGGCUCCCUCAGAGCAGCAAAAGCUGAGCAAGUUGGAUGGACAAGUGUGGAUUGCUCUGUACAACCUGCUGCUAAGCCCUGAGGCCCGGGCCCGCUACUGUCUCACAAACUUUGCCAAGGGACAGCUACUCAAGCUUCGAGCCUUCCUCACAGACACACUACUGGACCAACUGCCCAACCUGGCAGACCUGCAGGGUUUCCUGGCCCACCUGGCCCUGACUGAAACCCAGCCCCCUAAGAAGGACCUGAUUUUAGAACAGAUCCCAGAAAUCUGGGAGCGGCUGGAGCGAGAGAACAGAGGCAAGUGGCAUGCUAUUGCCAAGCACCAGCUUCGGCAUGUGUUCAGUCCCUCGAGGGAGGACCUGCUGCUGCAGGCACGAAGAUGGGCUAAGACUUACAGGCUGGACGUGCUAGAAGCCUUGGCUCCAGAGAAGCCCCACUGUGCCUACUGUGGUGCAGAGGCCUCCAAGCGCUGCUCAAAAUGCCGGAAUGAAUGGUAUUGCUGCAGAGAAUGCCAAGUCAAGCACUGGGAAAAGCAUAGAAAGGCUUGUGUCCCGGCAGCCCAGGGUGACAGAGCCAAAUGAAGGCUGCAGUUGCUGAGGGCCAACCAUUCAUACUAAGGGAACCCAUCCAGAAUGUACCCCUGAACCUCAGGACCUCAAUUCUGCCUUUGCCAGAGCCCCAGUCUCCCUGCCUGCGAGAGCAGAGUAGGGUGAGUAGAGCUGCUGACCCGUCCUCUUUCCCCCUCCCCCAUCGAAAGCUUGAGAUUUCCUGCCCCACCCGGCGGGUAGGCGGAGGGCGCUGCCUCAGCAAACUGGCCUUGGAGGGCAAGGGCCGGAUGUGGGGACCCUCUUCCUCUAGCACAGUAAAGCUGGCCUCCAGAAA